AUGGACCUUGGAUCACCAACAAUAACAAACUCUUCUUUAUCAUCAUCACGUAGAAGGAAAGUAGAUUGGGGUGAAGAUUUAAACCCUGCCACUAAAUACCAAAAAAUUCAAAAAACAACUUUUAGUCCAUGGAAGGAAAACAAUGAUACUGCAUUUUCAUUAAGUGAAUAUUUGAAUAUGUCUCCUAUGCAAUAG